AUGAGCGAUGAAACAAAGGGUGGCGGGGCAGCUGAGGUUGCGGCCGCAGUGGCGGCCGAAAUGAAAGAGAUGCAUCUGAGCAACGAGCUCAGGGCCCGUUGCAACACUGGCGCGAAGCAAAGGGUUCCAGUGCGAUUGCUGGGGCCACACCCCGCUAACAGGGUUGGUGUGCCCCCAAAUUGUGGCAGAGAGCGUUCGCUGGCGCGCGAGAUCAUCUGCGUCGGGCGCCACCAGGCGGAAGCCGACUUUGAGGGGGUGUGCGCCAGGGACUUUCCCGGGGAGAAGCAAAAGGGCAUGGUGGGGUACACCUCGCCCACGCAGAACUGCAAGGACAAGGCCAGAGGGUGCCUUAAGGAAAUGUUCUGCAGCAGUGGCGCCGAAGUUCUCUACGGCACGCUCUCGCACUCGCAUUUGGCAAUCAUUCUGCGGGCCAUCGACGCGGGGGCAAAGUGGGGGAUCCCUGCAGACGACCUGACCCCUGCGCAGGUUGCAAUGCUGCAGCCCAUGUGCGAGGUCGGCACAGGCUUGCUGAUGAUGUCCGCAGUGGCGGACAAUGACCCUGUGGUGCUGGGCCCCGAUGUCAUGCUUGGCGAACAGAACUGCUCCAUCAUAGCCCAGGCCAUUAAUCGGCCGCAGGCGUUCUCCAUGCGGACGUCGGAGGCGGGGGCGAUGAAAGCACUCUCCUCAGAGAUCAAGAACGCAGAGGCGGACGGCAGCGACACAAUCACAUACGAGAGCGCGAUGCAGGCGGUAGGUGCCCGACUGGGGAGCUUCCCCUCCGACCCCUCCUUCUGCGACAUCUUCAACAUCAUCCUGAACCUGGGCGCCGAUGGAGGCCCUCGCGUGCGGGAACUCAUCGACUUCGUCGAGGCGCGCGUCAAUUCUGCCACGAGAAUGUUGCGCCUACCUGCGUUCGGCCUCGUGGGGGAGGUGAGCGCGCAGUUCCCCCGCGUGGAGGUGGCCAUCAUCAUGCGGGCCUACAGGUUGCCGCCCAGGAAGGCCCCCAAGCAGGCGGGGGCGCCGGGCCGGUGCAUCGAGCCCGAACCUGCGUGGAAGCAGCGAACCCUGGAGCCGCAGUUGCGGCGCAUGGAGGAUGUUCCCCACGCGCGCCACGUGGCCCUGAGAACCGACAUCGCGAAACACCUGGACAACAACGUCUCGGCGGUGGUUCAGUUUCUGACCAACAUCAACAUCCAGCGCGAAAAGGGGGGCGGGCCCGCCGUGCAGCCCGCGGUGAUCGCGUUCAUGGCGAUCGCGUUCAACGCGAUCACUGGGCGCCCCGAGAACGAACAGGCCACCGUUAUGAAGGGAGAGAGGCCAGCAAUGCGGUUGCCACUGCCAGUCACGGAGUGGUUGGGCCCGGCAGCCGCCAGGGACAUGGGCAAGAAGGAGGCCUACAUGGGAGCGGUGCUGCAGGCGCUACGGGGGAGGCACUUGGCGCUCUGUUCGCGCGUUGAACAGGGCACAGAAUCGAACCUACCUGUGGCCUUGCCCCGCCACGCAACGAGCAACAAAGUGAAAGUGUGCACCAAAGCCGCAGUGGCGGCUGGCAAACUCGCGCUGUGGCCAUGCGCGCCGAAGCAGAGCAAAGCGUGGGAUGCGAGCAGCCGCAAAGACAAGGUUCACGUGGAAGUGUGGACCAAGAACCCAGAAGAGCCUGUGGAGACUUCGUUCUACAUACAUCCAGAGUUUGCCGCGCCCGAAAGCAAGCCGCCCUACGAUGCGGAGGAGACGGGCCCCGCUCAGCGAGAGUGGAAGUGGGCGGGCAAUGAGUCCACGCACCCCUUCUGGAGCGUGGCGAAGCUCACGGAAGUGAACGUAGUCAUCUGCGGUCGGGACAUCUGCGUCCGAAUCCCAGCGGCGACCAACACGGUGGAUCUCCAGGCGGGCGAGGAACUGAUCAUGGAAGACACGCGCGUGAAGAGGAAGAAGGAAGCGGCUCCGACCGACCGGAGGAAAGCCGCGAAGAAGGCCAGAGCGAAGCCGAAGAGCCAGCCGCAGCAGCACAAAACCGUUCUCGACGAAAAUGGCCGCCAGGACAUCUGA